AACCGCGAGAAUAAUGACAAUUCAAAAAAAUUAACAUAAACAUGGAACCUGCAUGUAUUCGAAAAUUAGAUGAAGUGGUUAUAAAUCGAAUAGCAGCUGGUGAAGUUAUCCAAAGGCCAUCAAAUGCACUUAAAGAAUUAAUUGAAAACAGUAUCGAUGCAAAAUCAACAAACAUAGCGAUUACUAUUAAAUCUGGUGGCUUAAAAUAUUUACAAAUUCAAGAUAAUGGAACUGGAAUUCGACGUGAAGAUUUAGAAAUCGUUUGUGAAAGAUUUACCACGUCAAAAUUGCAAACAUUUGAAGAUUUAAAUACAAUCGCAACUUACGGUUUUCGUGGCGAAGCAUUAUCGAGUAUUAGCCAUGUGGCUCAUUUAACGAUCCUAACAAAAACUUGUAACGAUAAGUGUGCUUAUAGAGCUCAAUAUAUUGAUGGUAAAUUGAAAGAGGCUCCAAAACCAUGUGCUGGAAAUCAAGGUACACAGAUUACGGUUGAAGAUUUAUUCUAUAACAUUUCAACACGACGAAAUGCACUAAAAAACGCAAAUGACGAAUAUCAAAAAAUCUUUCAAGUUGUUAGUAAAUACGCCAUACAUAAUGCUAAUAUUGGAUUUUCUUUAAAAAAAUUCGGUGAAAAAACCGAGUUACGUACGCCAAUCAAAUCGAAUCAUAUCGAUAAUAUUCGAAUUAUUCAUGGUAAUUCAAUAGCGAAGGAAUUAAUUGAAAUUAAAUUUUCCGAUACAAAAUAUGAAUUUGAUUUUCAUGCGUUAAUUACAAAUGCAAAUUAUUCCACAAAAAAACCGGUGUUUUUAUUAUUUAUUAAUCAUCGGUUAGUUGAUUCGCCGUUAUUGCGGAAAGUUAUCGAUCGAGUUUAUACGGCGUAUUUACCAAAAGGAACACAUCCAUUCUUGUAUUUUAGUUUGGAAAUUAAUCCAAAAAUUUGUGACGUAAAUGUUCAUCCAACGAAACAUGAGGUACAUUUUUUACAUGAAGAACAAAUUAUUGAUCGAAUUAAGGAAGAAAUUGAAAAGAAAUUGUUAGGUAGUAAUGUUUCGCGUACUAUGUACAUUCAAACUAAAUUACCGGGCGUGCAAGAUGUUCUUCAAGAUGCAGGAGAUGCUGAAACAUCGACCGGUGAUAAAGCUAAACGGGACGAUAAAAAUUUAGUGCGGACCGAUGCUAACCAACAAAAAUUAGAGAAAUUUUUCGGUGAAAGUCAAUCAAAAUUAACUACAAAUCCAGCGAAGAAACGUAAAUUUCCAAUCACACAACACAUUAAUAAAAGUGAUAAAGUUGUUGUACGGCUUCUAAGUGUUUUGGAGCUUCGAAAAUCAAUUGAGACCCAAUGUAACGCAAAUUUACGGGACCUUUUCGCUCAACAUAAAUUUGUGGGCUGUAUAAAUCCGACACAAGCGUUAAUACAAUUUAGUACAAAAUUAUUUUUAUGUAAUACAAAAAAAUUAUCUGAGGAGUUGUUUUAUCAAUUUUUAUUGUACGAUUUUCAAAAUUUUGAUCAAAUUGUUUUGGAAAAUCCGUUACCAAUUUAUGAUUUAGUGAUUAUGGCUUUAGAAUUAACGAAUAUCGAAUAUAAUCCAGAAGAAGACGGGACAAAAGAAGAAAUUGCAAAUACUGUGCAAACUAUUUUAACCGAAAAAGCUGAAAUGUUACGUACAUAUUUUGCUGUAGAUAUCAAUCCAGAAGGUUAUUUAAAAGCUAUUCCACUAUUACUUCACAAUUAUUUACCAGAUUUAACAAAUUUACCGGUCUAUGUGCUAAAAAUGGCUACGGAAGUAAACUAUGAGGAUGAAAAAGAGUGUUUUGAUACAUUUUCACGACAAACAGCUCAAUUUUAUUCAACUAUUUCACAAACCGAUGAAAUUUUAAGUACAGGAGAGAAUUUUAAUUGGGCCUGGGUUGUAGAACAUAUUGUUUAUCCGGCGCUCAAAAAGUAUAUCAUACCAAAUGAAAGUAUUAUAAUAAAUGGUGCAAUUUUGCAAGUUGCAAAUUUACCCGAUUUAUAUAAAGUGUUUGAAAGAUGUUGAAAUUUUGGU